AUGGAUCUAUUUAAAUUAAUUGAUGACGACGAUGAUGAAGUCAUCGAGUUUUUUAAUUACCAACGACGAUUGUACACAGUUCGUAAGCGUAUCGAUCAUAUGACUUUUUGGGAUGAUGAAGAUUUUCGAGCGAGAUUUAGAAUCUCAAAAGGAGUAGUUCUUCAAGUAUUGGGUUAUAGAGAUGAUCAAAUAUCUUCUCAAUCASAAAGAAAUCAUGCUGUGACAUCCAUUACCAAACUUCUAUUAACCCUCAGAUUUUAUGCUACUGGAAAUUUUCUGAUUACUGCAGGAGAUUUCAUUGGAGUUAGCAAAACUACAGCAUCAUUAAUUGUAAAAAAUGUCAGUGUUGCAAUAGCAAGACUGCGACCCAAGUUCAUUAAAAUGCCAGAAACCGAAGGAGAAAUAAAUGCAAUACAACGUCAGUUUUAUGAAUUGGCUAAGUUUCCUAGAGUUAUUGGUGCUAUUGAUUGCAGCCAUGUCAAAAUACAAAGCCCAGGUGGAGAGAAUGCAGAAUACCUCCGUAACAGAAAAUGUUAUUUUUCUAUCAACGUCCAAACCAUUGCCAGUCCUGAUUUAAAAAUUAUGGAUAUUGUAGCUCGUUGGCCAGGAUCUAGCCAUGACCAGACAAUAUUUAAAAAAUCAAGUGUUUGUGAAUUAAUAAAUGGCAAAUGAGGGAAUGGUUUGAUAGUUGCUGAUAGUGGUUAUGCUAAUUCUCGUCAUGUUGUCACACCAUUUAUUAACCCUCAAYAUGAGAUUGAAAGUCUGUAUAAUGAAUCAAUUAUAAGAACGAGAAAUCCUGUGGAAAGGUCUUAUGGAGUUUUAAAACGAAGGUUUCCAGCAAUAUCUUUUAGAUUAAGAUUAAAGUUAGAGACAACUCAAGCCGUAAUAGUUGCUUGUUGUGUUUUACAUAAUAUAGCAACUGAAAACAAUGAUCUUAAUCCACCAGCGUUAUUAGACAUGGUACUACCAGGAAAUGAAAAUGUAAAUAUAGUAGAAGAAAUAAUAGAAGAAGGAAAUGCACGUCAACAGUUUAUAGACGAAUAUUUUGCACAUUUAUUGUAUUAG